AUGGCGAGGGGGCGGCUGUCGGGGGGCGCCUGGGGGGCCCUGGUGCUGCUGGGGCUGAUGCUGCCGGCGGCCCCGCCGGCCGGCGCUUGGUACAAGCACGUCGCCAGCCCCCGGUACCACACGGUGGGGAGAGCCUCGGGGCUGCUCAUGGGCGUCCGCCGCUCCCCGUACCUCUGGCGCCGGGAGCUGCCGCCCGAGCCCCCCCGCCGGCCCGGGGGUCCCGCGCCCGCCGCCCCCCGGCCCCCGGGCCGCCCCGACGGAGGGUCCCCGCCGCCCGCCCCCCCCCCGCCGCCGCCGCCGCCGCAUCCCGGUCCCGGCCGCCUCCUGCAGCGCCUGCUCCGGCGGGGCUGGGGCUGGGGGGGGCCCCGGCCGGCCCCCGCCCGGCCGCCGCCCGCCGCCCGCGGAGCUCAGCCUCUCCCAAUUGAAGACGUGGCUCUGCUCCGCUGA